GUAAAGACGGAGUCUGCGUCGCCACAGGCUGCGUGACAUCCGGCUGUGUGGGCCCUGACUGUGGCAGUAAUGGCAAGUGUAACGGAGACAACUGCAUUGCCUUGGGCUGUUCUGGACCUGACUGUGGUAGUGACGGCGUUUGUAACGGUCCGAACUGCUGGGAGGGAACUUGCGGUGGUGCCGACUGUGCAUCAGGUCUCUGCGCAGGCAACACUUGUACUAGCUAUGACGGUUGCACGGGCAGUGAUUGCUCUACUGCUGGAGGGAGCAAUUGCUCAGGCGAUAGCUGCAGUAGUUGUGCGGGUCAAGAUUGCAACAAUGGCAAGUGCACAGGCAACGACUGUAAUGGAUGCACAGGGAAGGAUUGCCAUUCUGGACGGUGUGUCGGAGACGAUUGUCGAAGCUGCACUGGAAGAGACUGUGAUACAAGUUCUGGUCAAUGCACCGGUUCGCAGUGUAGUGCCUGCGUGGGGACAGACUGCGCCUGCUCCAACGGACACUGUGGCUGCAAGGGCGCACACUGCACGGCAUGUCUCGGACUUGGAUGCGGCUGCUCCGGUCUUUCAGCUCUAUUCUGUACCUGCUCCUCAGCCGGAUGCAGUGGAUGUACUGGCCUUACAUGCGGUUGUUUCGGGGAAAGCUGUGGCUGUACGGAUCCUGGCGGCUGCAGCAGCUGCAGUGGCAAUGGCUGCGAGUGCUUCGACCCUGAAGGCAUUUGUCACAACCAUCACCGACUGUGCAGUGGGAUGCUCCGUCACGAACUACGGUGACACAUCACGCGCGACAACAUGCUUCACUACGCAAUGUUCGACUGUUCUAGGAUGCGAGGCCCAGGGCACAACAACCACUACGGAAACGACGACAAAUCUAUGUCCAUUGUCUACGUAUGUAGGCACAGUGGGGACUUGGGAUCCUAACGGACCAAUUCCAACUCUUGGUACGGAUAACAAAUACACUGCCAGCAGUGAGGCAUCAACAACAGAGCCUCCAACAACAACUACUAGUACUACCAGCACAACUAGCACAACCUCCUCCUCUUCCAGCACCACUUCUGAACCCUCCCAUACAACAUCACUACCCCUACCCACCAGCGGCGAGUCGGAUACGCGAAAGUAUUACUGCUUCAAAGAUCAUCACGACAGCUCAUACGCCACGUUCGACGCAGAAGAACUUAAAUCCGUAGCAACCUCCCUAUGCGACUCGGGCAACUCCCUCGCCCCCGACGGCCCGCCAUACACCACCGUCUACUCCGACCCCUACGGAACCAAUGUAGUAGCGUCUAUCGAAUGGGCAGACGAUCAAUCAGGCUGCAAAGACGAGAAGACAUUCAAAUUUUCUGGUGAUUCAUGCGUGGAAACCUUCCAAAAGAUCAGCUCAGGAUGCGGAGACGACCACGCAGACAUGUACGGCGGUGGAAUGGUCAUUCGAACCAACAAGGGCGGAUGUGUGCAGUGGUUGCUGUACGGCCACAGUGUCAAGGCCGAAUGCAGCUGCAAUGAGGAUGGCUGCACGGAUGACAGUCCCGCUUGUUGUGCCAAUGGCACCUGUGAUACGGAUCAGAAGGCGACGGUCGCGAGGGUAAGGUUGAUCAGGCCCGAGGAGGUGGAUACUCGCUACAGUGCGCAGUUGAAUGCGAAGCUGCAUGCAAGUGCGAAUCUUACCUCCACUGUACUCGCAUCUGGUGGGAUUGGGACUCCUGUGGCAGAGAUUUGAGGGGUGUUUACUGGUUGAUCAUAUUGGGCGGAAAUUUGGAAUGUGUAUGCUAUAGUGUAUAUGACU